ACCCCUGAAACGCGCCUGCGCUCCGGUUGGAGAUGGCAGAGUGUACAGUAGCCCCAGUGGUCAUGGAGGACAGUGACCUGGAGGCCGGUGAGCAGAUCUCUACUCCAGCGUCACCUGAGCCCAGGCUGCAUGAGGUGGACAAGCACUUCCCGAAGGAAGACUCGGAGCACAUCACGGGACACCCCCCGCUGGCUGACCAUGGUCCCCAUAGGGCCGAUAGUGAGGGCGAGGGUCACAGCAGACCCCACACACCGGGGACACCAGCGGCGGCCCCCAGGGGCCCCGGAGACACAGAGCACCAGUCCAGAUACAUGAGCCUGCUGUCUCCCAUCAGCCCGUCCAGGCCUAAGAGCCCCUGGGGCCGCAGUGACCCCUAUGACUCGACCGAGGACCAUGAGAAGGAUUAUGUGGGAUUUGCGACGUUGCCAAACCAGGUUCACCGCAAAUCUGUGAAGAAGGGCUUUGACUUCACUUUAAUGGUAGCAGGAGAGUCAGGUUUGGGGAAGUCCACCCUGGUCAACAGUCUGUUCCUGACAGAUCUCUACACAGACAGGAAUCUGCUCAAUGCUGAAGAGAGGAUCACGCAGACGGUGGAGAUCACCAAACACACGGUGGACAUCGAGGAGAAGGGCGUCAGGCUGAAGCUCACUAUUGUGGACACACCAGGAUUCGGGGACGCUGUCAAUAACACUGAAUGCUGGACGUCGGUGGCAGACUACAUCGACCAGCAGUUUGAGCAGUACUUCAGAGACGAGAGCGGCCUGAACCGCAAGAACAUCCAGGAUAACCGCGUGCACUGCUGCCUGUACUUCAUCUCUCCCUUCGGUCACGGGUUAAGGCCUCUGGAUGUGGAGUUCAUGAAGGCUCUUCAUGAGAAGGUCAACAUUGUUCCUGUACUAGCUAAAGCUGACACACUCACCCCAACGGAGGUCAAGAGAAAGAAAAUCAAGAUCCGAGAGGAGAUCGAACAGUACGGGAUAAAGAUCUACCAGUUUCCAGACUGUGAUUCAGAUGAGGAUGAGGACUUCAAACAGCAAGACCAAGAGCUCAAGGACAGCUUUCCCUUCGCUGUGAUCGGCAGUAACACAGUCGUGGAAGCCAAGGGCAAGAGGGUUCGAGGACGUCUGUACCCCUGGGGAAUAGUGGAAGUGGAGAACCCAGCGCACUGUGACUUCGUGAAGCUGAGGAACAUGUUGGUCCGGACACACAUGCAGGAUCUGAAGGACGUGACCCGGGAAACACACUACGAGAACUACAGAGCACACUGCAUCCAGAGCAUGACCCGCAUGGUGGUGAAGGAGCGCAACCGCAACAAACUGACCAGGGAGAGCGGCACAGACUUCCCCAUUCCCAUGGUGCCCGGCGUCACCGAGACGGAGAAGCUGAUCCGUGAGAAAGACGAGGAGCUGAGGCGGAUGCAGGAGAUGCUGCAGAAGAUCCAGGAGCAGAUGCACACGCAGCGAGAGGCGUAUUAACACACCUGUGCUGAUCUGAAGACACGGGGAAACACCGCAGUAUCAGCUGAGAGAGUGAGCCGAUCACACACGGCUUCACCGUCUCGGCACAUUACACCCCAAAAUAAACAUUAAAAAAAAAAAAUUUCUUUCUUUCUUUCUAGCAUUAUAUUCUUGAUAAUGAAUCAAAUUAUAAUUAUGGUAAUGUAAAAAAAUAAAAAAUAAAAUUGAAAGACAUACAGACAUGUUACUUUUAAAUGAUAUUAUUAUUAUUAUUUUAUUUAUUUUUCUAUUGGUGAUAUGGGAAGUGUUUUCUGUUUCAAAAAUGUAUAUUGUGUUUAAUAAAAAUAGGAUAUACAAUUUUGAGUUGAAAUUGAACCCAGACAUGUUGAUAUAGAUCAAAGGAACAUUGUCAUUGCACAGAAAGGUUAUUCAGAUCAUUCAAAUGUUCUUCAGAUUUGACAAAAAGAGUUUUUUUAAGGAACUGAUGGCUGAAAGGUUCUCUGAUGAACACAAGAUGAUUAUUCAGCAGCACUUCUGUCUGACUGACUGAUAUUAAUGAAAUAUCUCUGUGUCUUGUGUAAGUCUGAGUCGAUGUGUAAUGCAGACACGUCUGCUCGUUGUCCAGUAUGCGUUUCUACCCCAGGAUGGAUAUCUUAGCAUAGAUACAAGGGAAUUAUUUUGAAUUAUUUUUACUAUUUAACUUUAUUUUGUAUAAUGUUCACUAAUGGCAUUGGUUGUAAUGUAUGUCUUAUUAAACUGCAAAAGCUUA